AUGAAGCUACUGCUGGAGAAACCGGGGGUAGACCCAAACAUCAAGGACAACAAUGGCGAUACAGCACUAUUACAAGCUGCAUAUCUGGGGCGCACUGAGAUAGUGAAGCUACUGCUGGAUAAACCGGGGGUAGACCCAAACAUCAAGAACAACAAUGGCGAUACAGCACUAUCACGAGCUGCAUAUGAAAAGCACACAGAGAUAAUGAAGCUACUGCUGGAGAAACCGGGGGUAGACCCAAACAUCAAGGACAACAAUGGCGAUACAGCACUAUUACAAGCUGCAUAUCUGGGGCGCACUGAGAUAGUGAAGCUACUGCUGGAGAUGCCGGGGGUAGAGCUGAGCAGCAAGAACAACGAUGAUGAGACACCGCUAGCAUUAGCUCUCCGGAAGGGGCACACCAAGAUAGCGGAACUCUUGAACGAGCACAUUAGCUUCAGAUCCUUAUCAGUGGGCCCUUUUAAUGAGCCCGAUGCUCCUAACUAA